UAGCCGGUGAGAGGUUAGUCUGAACACUGUGCAUCGCCCCUGCUGAGUGACUUUAAAGGAUUUGAAGCCACAAGUGUUUUUUUUUCUUUAAACACUGAAGAUGGAGGACAGCAACAUAAUCUACAAUCACUAUGACCAAGAUUACGAUUACAACUACACCGAUCUCAACUUCACAGUUCACGAAUUUGAUUAUGAAAACAACAAGACCUGUUUCAAGGAGAUGUCAUGUGCCACCCUGUUGUUUGUCAAUGUGCUCAUGUUCCUGCUGGGUGUCAGUGGCAACGCCGUAGUCAUCUGGAUCGCCGGUUUCAAGAUGAAGAGGACCGUAAACACCACUUGGUACCUCAGUCUGGCAGUCUCGGACUUCCUGUUCUGCGCCUGCCUACCGUUCAACAUCACAAACAUGGCCACCGAGGACUGGAUCUUCGGGGUGGUCAUGUGCAAACUCACGUCUUUCGUGUUGUUCCUGAACAUGUUCAGCAGCAUCUUCCUCUUGGUGGUCAUCAGCGCUGACCGCUGCCUGUCUGUUGUGUUCCCUGUGUGGGCGCAGAACCAUCGCACCAACCGGAAGGCUUCGGUCGUUGUCGUGGUGUCCUGGCUGCUGGCCGGUGGCCUGAGCGUUCCCUCCCUGGUGUUCCGCGACACGGCGGAGCACCCUGGGAGGACAGUGUGCUUAAACAGGUACCGGGGCCCGCACAGCCACCAGGCGGUCGCCGUGACCCGGUUCCUCUCCGGCUUCGUGCUGCCCUUCCUCUUCAUCAUGGUGUGCUACUCCAUCAUCAUCAUCAGACUGAGAACCAACCGGAUGACCAGGUCCUCCAAGCCCUUCAAGGUGAUGAGCGCCCUCAUCGCCACCUUCUUUCUGUGCUGGCUUCCCUACCACGUGUUUGUCUUGCUGGAGAGGCAGCUCCACCUGUACGACCCCGAGGUCAUCCACAUCGGACUGCAGGUGGGCACCACCGUAGCCACGGCCAACAGCUUCCUGAACCCUGUUUUGUACGUGUUCAUGGGGAACGACUUCAAGCAGAAGUUCAGAAGCUCUAUGCUGUCCAAGAUGGCUAACGCCAUGGGGGAGGAGGGCAGGACCACCAGCCGCUAUCUGUCCCGGUCCAGCUCCAUGGAUGGGAGGGGCUCCACACACAUCUAAACAUCUUAACCAAGAGACACACUGCAGUACACAUUGUACUGCACACUCAGCAGAAAGGGGGGGGGGGGGUUGGGCUAUUUUCAAUUCCUGUAAAAAAAAUAUAUAUAAAGAAAUAUAUUAAAGAGGCAACUGUUUUCAAAGGUUGUGUUGACUAUACAGUAACUACAUAGCAACACUUUACACUAAUGUAGCCUUAAUUGUAAAGUGUUACUUAUAUUUAGGAUGAGAACUUGACUGACUUGAUUGUAUCAGUAUCAAUUAUUCAAGUAAAAAAAUAUUUGUUGACAUUUUUAUCAACUAUAACAGCUCUAUAUUAACCCUAAUCCUGUUGCUUUUUGAAAUUUAUAAUUUAAUACGAUAAACCAUUUUAACACAUUUCAAAUCUGUUUAAUCGCCCAUCCAAAUAUUUGUUCUAAAUAAUUGCAAAAUGUAUUGUGUUUCUACUGUGUUUGUCUGUAUUAAUGUUGUAUAUAAGUAAUAGCCUGACGUUGUCAUACUCAUAAUUCUAGUCAGAAUAUGGCAAGACCAAAUUU